CACGCGCUUUGGGCCACAGCAACUCGUUUAAGUUCCCUCCCUCGCUCCCUGGCGAAGCCGGCCUGAGUCCUCCCACUCGGUGCAGACCGAACCAUCGCGGCCGCCGCUAGCCGGGCGUCCUGGGCCCGCUCGGCCGGCCCGGUCCACUCUCUGCCCGUGGCCCCGCGGAGGCGGCUGCGAGGACUUGGCGGCCCCUGCAGCCCGCGAUCGGCCCUCCAGAAGCGCCGGCAGCCCGGAUCCCAGCCCUCGCGGGCCCCGACUCGCCCUCCCCGCCAUCCCUGGGAACCUGGCUCCCGGCUCGGGCUGCACCGCCCGGGACCGGGGAGCGCGGCCGAGGAAUCCCCAAUUGGACACCUAGAGCACCUAUCCUGUUCGUUUCCAGUCUUGAAUUGGAAGUUAGCAACACUCCCUGAGGCCAACACUCCCUGAGAGGAAAAUAAAUGGUCCAGGAGUAAUGCUGAAAAGAACUAUGUCAUUUCACUGCAAUUUAGGUCCAGGAAUAAUGCUGAAAAGAAAAAUGUCAUUUCACCGCAAUUUAGGUCCAGGAAUAAUGCUGAAAAGAAGUAUGUAUGAAGGCAUGAUUGAGCACAAACUAAGAGCAGCCCCAAACUAAUACCUCCUGCUGCGGGGAGUACGUUAAGAAAGGAAGGAUUCCUGUGACUUCUGCCUGCCGUCUAUAAAGUACCCAUUCCUUUCAAGAACCAUAGUCUCUUGGCAGAUCAGAUGUACAAAAGGUUUCUCUGAACAAAAGAAUUUGCUGCAGGUGCCAAUCGAGCGAUCACAUCAGCUCUGCCUGCAGUUGCACACAAAGACCUGGAGGAGGAAACUCCCACGUCUUCGAGGAGAAGAAAGGAGGCGGCGAAGCAGAUUAAAGGAACUUGUGGCUCGUGGCCCUUUUGCACCAGGGCUGCCUGGACCCGGACCGGGGAAAGUGAGUGUAAAGCCACAGUGGCGGUGCGUGGGCUGUGAGAUGAGGCGCUGCCGCCGCUGCUGCUGCUGCUGCUGCCGCUGCUGCUGACACUCAGGUUCCCGGGUCCGUCUGCUGCCCUUUGUGCUUCGUGUACAUGUGUCUAUUCAGCGCACCCGGAGGCGCCCAGCAGAGAAUCCAACACGGCCGCCGGGGAGAGACCACCCACCAUGCCCACGGAGACCCUACAGACAGGUAGCAUGGUGAAGCCGGUCAGCCCCGCGGGCACCUUCACCUCGGCGGUGCCCCUGCGCAUCCUCAACAAGGGGCCCGACUACUUCCGCAGGCAGGCGGAGCCGAACCCCAAAAGACUCAGCGCGGUGGAGAGGCUGGAGGCCGACAAGGCCAAGUAUGUCAAGAGCCAGGAGGUCAUCAAUGCCAAGCAGGAGCCCGUGAAGCCGGCCGUGCUGGCCAAGCCUCCCGUGUGCCCCGGCGCCAAGCGCGCGCUGGGCAGCCCCACGCUCCGAGUGUUCGGGCCCAACGCCAAGACCGAGAGCGGCGUGCACAGGGAGACCCUGAAGCUCGAGAUCCUGAAGAACAUCAUCAACAGCUCGGAAGGCUCCAGCUCCGGCUCCGGGCACAAGCACAGCUCCCGCAACUGGCCUCCGCACCGGCCCGACGCCACCGACCUGCACCGACACUCCUUCGCUGAGUCCCUGAAGGUCUACCCGACGCAGGGCCGGGGCAGCCCGCAGGAGAGCAGCUCCCACGUGGGCAGGAGGCUGCUGGAGCAGACCGCCGAGUCCUUCCUGCACGUCUCCCACAGCUCCUCGGACAUCCGCAAAGUGACCAGUGUGAAGCCCCUGAAGGCGAUCCCCUGCAGUAGUUCCGCCCCUCCCCUGCCCCCCAAACCCAAGGUUGCCGCCAUCGCCCCCAUGAAGUCCCCGGAAGCCGACCCGGUGGAGCCGGCCUGCGGGGUCAGCCGGAGACCCUCCCUCCAGCGGUCGAAGUCGGACUUGAGUGACAGGUACUUCCGCGUGGACGCAGACGUGGAGAGGUUCUUCAACUACUGCGGACUGGACCCCGAGGAGCUGGAAAACCUGGGCAUGGAAAACUUUGCCAGGGCUAAUUCUGACAUCAUAUCCCUCAACUUCCGCAGUGCAAGCAUGAUCAGCUCGGACUGUGAACAGUCGCAGGACAGUAACAGUGACCUUAGAAACGAGGACAGUGCCAAUGACCGGGUGCCAUACGGCAUUUCUGCGAUCGAAAGGAAUGCCAGGAUCAUCAAGUGGUUAUAUAGCAUCAAACAAGCUAGAGAGUCCCAGAAGGUCUCCCACGUGUAAGAGACAGUGCGCGUGUGCGAAGGAGGGAGGGGGUGGGUCUCUUGUCUGUGCAUCUGCCCUUGUGAAGGUCGUGAGGUCUCCUUGAAGUGUUGUGAGCUUCUCCGCUCUCUUUGUGUUGCUUGUUGUGCAAUGUUUUCAAGUUGCAUGCCUGUCAACAUGGGGACUGACCUGGCGUCCCGGUCAACCAUCGCUGCAGAGCCUGGCCGAACACACGUCAUCUGCCAAAAAGUUUCAGGCCAGAAUCGGAUUAGGGCUUUGAUCUCAAGCAAAACUGUUUACACCCAAAACGGUAUACAACUUCUUCAAUAUUUAUGUGGUUCUUGUGUUUUAUAUCCCGCGCUAUUGUGUCUUAAUUAAAAGUUUUAUCAACUGGCUUUUAAGUGGAGAGGAGCAUCUUUUUGAAACAAAAAGCCACUUUGCCUACGUGUGACACCAAAACACGAGGGAAAUAAAUGGAACCUGCUAACCAAACUGAUAGAGUCACUGACCUAAGAUAGAGAACCAGGCUGGGUUUUCUGAGGAAAGAACGUGGUGAGCCUGAUGUUAACUCCUUACAUACUGCAGUUCUCUUGCCCCUUGCUGAAGUAAUGGUUGGGGCAACAAUGCUACGUCCUGUGUCCUAUUUAGUGUGUAAAUAAACAUUGGUGGCUCUGUGUAAUACUGACCCCAAGAAAAGACAAUCAGAUACAAUGAAGGUGAUUAUAUCUAGGAGGUUGAAUGUCCGGGGUUUUGUUGAUACCCUUCUGAUGUGGGUUGAUUCAGAAGUUUCUACUAUUAAUCUUUUUACAGGAAUGGCCACUCUGAAGUUGUUACUCAAUGUCUUUAAAUUUGGGGGGGGGGGUUAUUUUUGGUCAAUAACUAAUUCCAUGCUGAUUCUCUUCCCUCCCUCCUUCCCUCCCUUUGUUGUUGUUUUAUUUGGGAGAGAGGACAAGGAAGUGGGGCUUGUGCAGGUCUGUGCUAUCUGAAGACACGAACCCACACGGAAAUACCAGCCAUAUUAGUAUCGAGCCUCCCAUUCAACAGUGAACGCCUUUGGUAGCUGAAUCAUAUCUGAGCAGUGUGGUUGUGUGGUCUUGCCUAUGUUAUUCGCUCAAGCUCUGGGCCUUUGUUACAACCCUAGGAAACUAGAAACAUGACACUAUAUAGUCCCCCCCCCCCCGCCCCCCCGCCAUGGUCUCUAGUGCUACAUAUCAACUCAUUCCCUUUCCCCGCCAAUAACCUGUCUUCCAGUUAGCUGUCAACCAGCUGACAGUUGUGGUGUGGUAGCAAGAGGUACACAUGCAGUGGUCUGCUUCAUUGCUCUUGUAGUUACGCUCCGAAAUUCAGGAGCACUACCUUAGACCUUCGUCAGCUAAUAAGAAACUUUUUAUGGUGUAAAUGCUGUAAGACUUUGUACAUACUUCAGUUGUUAUGAAAACUUGAAGAAAACAAAGGAAAACUUAUGCUAAUAAAUAGCUCUGGUGCAGGCACUAA